UGCACCUUUCAGAUCAACAGCAUGCGCGUUUGGUUGGCCGUUAUGAUGGUUUUGCCAAGUCGGGGGGAUUCCUGUCGCUUCCCUCUCCCAUCGGCUAAUUUAUCACAUCGCUUAAGAUAGCAGCAUGCACUUAGAAGAUCCCUUCCUCGACGAGACAGUUGAGCUGUGAGGCUCUGGGCUUCUGUCAUUUUUGAUACAUGCCACGAACAGCGAUCAAGGACCAGGGCCGGCUGUUCACUUCGGGAACACGGUGGAACCAAGUAAUCAUGUAUUGAUUGCAGCUGUGGAUGAUGGGCUGCAAUGAUUGACCGACCGUCAGGUCGACCGCUUGCUGUUGUUUUCUUUUUUUGUAUUCUUCACAGAACAUUGGGGGUCUCUGCUCAUCAUCUUUUCAAGGUGUUGCAUGGGACUGGGACGAGUUGCUUGUCACCCUGGUAGACACGAAUUGUCAACCAUGCCGGAUGAAGAGAGAGGGAGAGGGUCCAAGCAACGUUGACGAUACUGCGACCUUCUCUUCCCAGGUUUUUCGAUGCGCCCAUUCAGGCUUGGCCGUGCUCGUUUCCGCUCGGAUCGAGGAAAAUUGAACACAGAGUUCACCGGUGUAGGAGUGUGGGUGGAUACGCCCAACCCGAUUCUGCCUUACUAUGUACUUGCAAAAUCUAUGGAUCUUUUUCUGCUCACAUCAGGAGACGAGAGAGAUUGGCCUCUUGCAACAGAGAGAUUGAAGGCAGAAAUAUGAGGUGGGAAGCGUUCGAGCGAUAGAUUGAAUUUCAUUUACAACCACCACUACAGCUGGGCGUUGCAGGAGGAGACGGGCAGAGCGGGCACUCGCGCGGUUUGUGCGUCUAUCCAUGCGGCAAGGGCGCCUCCCCUUGUUCUGAGGGACCCCCCAUGUUAGUCGUCCACGGUUCACUGUCCCUCUCUUUCUCUUAAUGCCAAUUCGAACUCGUUGGUACCACCAUCUACCAUGGUAUAUGUGGGCUCUUUCUUGUCUGAUGGGCGCGGCGAUCAGGACAUAGACUUUUCUUUGCCUUGUCGUCCUGUCUCGAUCUCCUUCUUGUCUCCGGCCGAGAAAGCUGACCUGGUUAGGUUUUUGGUGGUGCGUUACCGGUCGGUCCCCCAGCUAAGCCCUGUCAACAGUUCAAUGAACAUGGGUCCUUGUGAUGUCAGCAGGGCGAAAGACAAUAUACCUAGCAGCAGCCAGCGCCCGGCCCGGCUCGGCUCAGUAUGGUCAGAGGAGACGGAACGUAUCCUAUCGGACAGCAUUAAGCCAACCUAAUGACCAAAACGAGCGAGAGACAGAGAGAGAGAAACACCAGAGGCAGAGAAAGUGUAAAACGGUUAAGACGGCUUUCCGUGAUUGGACCAUGCUCGUCUGAAGAGAGCCAAAAGAAAAAAAGGCACUUUCUGUCGACAGGUCUUGGAAGGUCUUUUACAGCUCAUUUGCAUACUGCAUAGCAAAAGUCUUGGACUUUGCAGAUUGGAGACCUUCUCUCUCUCUCUCUCUCUCUCUCCACAUCUCAAGGAGCCAAAAAGAGAUAGACCUUAAACCCCCUUCGGUUGAAUCAAGUCUCAUCACUUGUGUGAAGGAGCUGCAGGACGGAGUUUCCGUAGUAUGACC